AUGGCUGCAACCGGGCCGCAGUUUACUGAUCGAAGCGCGAAAGCGCUGACGGACGCUGCAAAUCUAGCAGAACAAUACGCUCAUUCUCAGAUCCUACCUGUCCACCUUGCAGUCGCCCUGUUUGAUCCCUCCCCAGACGAGUCCAAAGACCAACAGACAACGGCCAAUGCCUCACAAUCACAUGCCUCGGCUCCCCUCUUCCGACAAGUGGUGGAUAGAGCCCAUGGCGACCCUCAACUCCUCGACAGAUCACUCAAGAAGGCUCUGGUGCGGUUACCCAGUCAAGACCCCCCGCCAGAGCAUGUCACCAUGUCUCCGGCAUUGGCCAAGGUGAUCAGAUCGGCCGCGGAAUUGCAAAAGACGCAGAAAGAUAGUUUCGUGGCCAUCGACCAUCUGAUUGUCGCCCUGGUACAAGACACCAAGAUCCAGGAUUGUCUGCGGGAGGCCAAUAUCCCCAACACCAAACUCAUUGAAAACGCCAUCCAGCAGAUCCGGGGAACGAAACGGGUCGACUCCAAGACCGCCGACACGGAGGAGGAGAAUGAAAACCUGAAGAAAUUCACCAUUGAUAUGACCCAGCUCGCCCGGGAAGGCAAACUGGAUCCAGUCAUUGGCCGAGAAGAAGAAAUCCGACGAGUGAUCCGGAUUCUGUCAAGACGGACGAAGAACAACCCCGUCCUGAUUGGUGAGCCUGGUGUUGGUAAGACCACCAUUAUCGAAGGUCUAGCUCAACGAAUCAUCAAUGCCGAUGUCCCUGCCAACCUGGCCGCGUGCAGACUACUCUCACUUGAUGUGGGAUCUCUUGUUGCUGGCAGCAAGUACCGUGGUGAAUUCGAAGAGAGGAUGAAGGGCGUUCUCAAGGAGAUCGAGGAAUCACACGAGAUGAUCGUCUUGUUCGUGGACGAAAUCCAUCUUCUCAUGGGUGCUGGCGCCAGUGGUGAGGGUGGUAUGGACGCGGCAAAUCUUCUCAAGCCUAUGUUGGCCCGGGGUCAACUGCAUUGUAUCGGUGCUACGACUCUCUCAGAGUAUCGGAAGUACAUCGAGAAAGAUGCCGCCUUCGAACGAAGAUUCCAACAGGUUUUGGUCAAAGAGCCUUCGGUACAAGAGACGAUUUCCAUCCUCCGUGGUCUUAAAGAGCGCUACGAAGUCCAUCACGGCGUGACCAUUCUCGAUGGUGCAAUCGUGGCAGCGGCACAACUGGCUGCUCGGUACAUCACCUCACGGCGUCUGCCUGAUUCGGCUGUUGACUUGAUCGAUGAAGCGGCGGCAGAUGUGCGUGUCAUCCGAGAAUCUCAACCUGAAGCCCUUGACAACCUCGAACGGAAGCUGCGGCAGUUGGAGAUUGAAAUCCACGCCCUCCAGAGAGAGACAGACCCGGCUUCAGUCGAACGUCUCGAGCAAGCGCAGCGUGAGGCGGCCAAUGUCAAGGAAGAAUUGGCGCCUCUGAAGGAGCACUACGAACGUGAGAAGGCUCGGUCGAGGGAAGUCCAGGAUUUGAAGAUUAAGCUCGACCAACUCAAGAACAAGCGUGAUGAGGCCGAGCGGUCCAACGAUCUCCAGACAGCUUCCGACUUGACCUACUACGCCAUUCCCGAUGUGACGGCCAAGAUCAAGCAGCUCGAGAACAUUCGUGCUCAGGAAGAGGCCGAAACUCGUGCCAGACUCGGUGAGAUGGGCGCGGCCACACCCACCGAUGCUGUUGGUCCCGACCAGAUCCAGGCCAUCGUGGCCAAGCAGACCGGUAUCCCGAUCCAAAGACUCAAGGCUUCGGAGAAGGAGAAGAUCCUGCACAUGGAACAGCAUUUGCAAAAGGUGGUUGUUGGCCAGAAGGAAGCCGUUAAGGCAGUCUCGAAUGCCAUCAGACUGCAGCGGUCCGGGCUUAGUAACCCCAACCAACCUCCAAGCUUCCUGUUCUGCGGUCCUUCCGGUACGGGUAAGACUCUGUUGACCAAGGCGUUGGCAGAGUUCCUGUUCGACGACCCAAAGGCGAUGAUUCGGUUCGAUAUGUCAGAAUACCAAGAACGACACUCGCUAUCGAGGAUGAUCGGAGCGCCUCCGGGUUAUGUUGGCCACGAUGCUGGUGGUCAACUGACGGAAGCACUUCGACGACGACCAUUCUCUAUCCUGCUGUUCGAUGAGGUGGAGAAGGCGGCAAAAGAAGUUCUGACUGUCAUGCUUCAACUCAUGGAUGAUGGCAGAAUCACCGAUGGCCAAGGUCGUGUGGUGGAUGCACGGAACUGUAUCGUCGUCAUGACCAGCAAUCUUGGUGCCGAAUACUUGUCGCGCCAGAACGCACCGGACGGCAAGAUCGAUCCAACCACAAAGGAAUUGGUGAUGAACGCGCUCCGCAACUACUUCUUGCCUGAGUUCCUCAACAGAAUCAGCUCGAUCGUCAUCUUCAACCGGUUAACUAGGAGAGAGAUCCGGAAGAUUGUCGAGUUGAGAUUACACGAAAUCCAGAAGCGGUUGGAGGCCAACGACAAGAAGAUCACCAUCCACGCCAGCGAGGAGGUCAAGGACUACUUGGGUGCUGCAGGUUAUUCACCAGCCUACGGUGCUCGUCCUCUGCAAAGAUUGAUCGAGAAGGAAAUUCUCAACCGGCUGGCCAUCCUCAUCCUCAGAGGUGCGAUCAAGGACGGUGAGACUGCCAACGUGGUCUUGGAGGAUGGCAAGGUCGCAGUCCUACCGAACCACACCGACAGCGAGAUGGAAGAUGAAGAAAUGUGGGAUGAAGAUGAUGCCAUACAAGAGCUUGAAGAUUCUCGAGAGGGCACUAUGGAUCUCUACGAGUAG